UUGUUGACUGACUGCUCAGAUGGCCAAUUAUUUUGACACAAACAGAACCACAACGCACUGCCUGCCUACCCACUUGUGAAAAAGAGCAAACAGUCACUUCUUGAAAUGUUAAAGUCGAGAAAGGAAACCAACUGAAUAAGCAGGCAAUACGUUUCCACUACGCUUCAAUUUGGAAGCUGAAUCAAGCACUCCAGGAGCCGACACACAAUGAAGACGGUGGGACUUAUUGUAUUUAUAUCUCUAUCAUUGGGCAUAGAUGCCAUGAUUCGGAUCCCGCUGAAGAAGUUCAAGACCAUCAGACACACAAUAAGUGAGCACAUGUCUAUUGAAGAGCUCAGAAGCCGAGGAGCAGAACUUGUAAACUUAAAACAGAAUCCAACAUCCCCAGUGACGGAAUUUCCUGAGAAACUCACCAACUAUCUAGAUGCUCAGUACUAUGGUGAGAUCUCCAUUGGAACACCACCCCAGAAGUUUUCAAUCCUUUUUGACACUGGUUCCUCCAAUCUCUGGGUCCCCUCUGUCCAAUGCUCCUUUUUCGACAUUGCUUGCUGGUUUCACAACAAAUAUAAAUCCAAGGAUUCCAGCACCUACAGAGAAAAUCACACAGAUUUUGCUAUUCACUAUGGAACGGGCAGCCUCACAGGAUUCCUGAGUCAAGACACUGUUACGAUUGGCGGUCUUAAAAUCCAGAAUCAAACUUUUGCUGAGGCCAUCAAGCAACCUGGUAUUGUGUUUGUUGCUGCUCGGUUUGAUGGUAUCCUGGGGAUGGGUUACCCAAAUAUUUCGAUUGAUAGAGUGCUCCCAGUUUUUGACAACAUGAUGAGCCAGAAGCUGGUGGAAAAGAAUGUGUUUUCAUUUUACCUGAACAGGGACCCGGAAGCAGCAGUUGGAGGGGAGCUACUUUUGGGAGGUACUGAUCCAAAAUACUACACAGGAGACUUUCAUUACUUGAAUGUUACCCGCAUGGCUUAUUGGCAAAUCAAAGCAGAUGAGAUCAAAGUGGGCAGCCAGCUCACACUCUGUAAGGGAGGCUGCCAGGCGAUCGUAGACACUGGAACCUCUUUAAUGACUGGGCCUUCAGAAGAGAUCAGAGCCCUCCACAGAGCAAUUGGAGCUAUACCACUCUUCAAUGGAGAGUACAUGAUAUUGUGCGAUAAGAUUGCUUCUCUACCUACUAUUUCAUUCACUCUGGGAGGAGUUCAGUACAACCUAACAGGGUCACAGUAUGUACUAAAGAUCACAAAGAUGGGAAGAACCAUUUGCCUUAGCGGUUUCAUGGGUUUGGACGUGCCAUCUCCUGCCGGACCAUUUUGGAUCUUUGGAGAUGUCUUCAUCGGUCAAUACUACACUGUCUUUGACCGAGACAAUAAUCGUGUGGGCUUUGCAAAAGUAAAAUAAGUACAAAGUGGGUGUCAAUAGCUCCAAACAUUUAGUGGGUUAAUAGCAUAAAAUCAGUGUGCUGUGCCCCUAUAAGCACUUUUCGUGAUUAACCCAGAGCUGCAAAUGUUGCAGGCUGUGUUAAUCAUGAUGUUAGGGAAAUUAUAGAGAUUUUUCUUAAAAAAAAAAAAAAAAUUAUUGGAGGAAACACUGUCAACGAGGAUCAUUUCUGAGCCUGACUUCAAAUGGUCAAAGGCAUUUGAUGGAAUGAAAACUCAAUAUAAAAUUUCAUUCUUUUUUUUUUCUUCUACACUAAUGAGCUAAAAAACAAAACAGAAAAAAAUAAUUGUGUAGAUACUAUGAACAAGCAAUAUUGGCCAUCAAGUUCCUAAUGGGUUUUGAGGGAAAAGGCAUUUACUCUUAUUUAAAGUGAAAUUCCAUAUGUCUGAGCUUUUUAAGUCAAUAUAUUUUAUAGAUAAGUAAUGCAGACCUAGUCUUCCAGUAAGUGGAGGGAAUCAAGCAGCCUCUUUUUUUUUUUUUUUUUUUUAAGUGUUUUUCAUGCCCUAAAAGACAAGAAAAAUAGAUUAAUAAAACAAACGUUUCUUACAUGUCAUUGAACAUAUUUGCCUUUCAAAAAUACAGCGAUCUAUCAUUUAUCUUUAUCUCCUGUCUAUUAUCCCUACAAUUUAUACGAGUUAAUGCUUAAAGGAACAAUCCAUGUACAAGAACCACAUGGUGCCAGAAGUGCUCUGGGGCCUGCCCUAUUGUAAAUAGUCAAACUAUUUUAGAAUGUUUUGACUUCUUACCUGGGGUACACAAGACACUACUCCCUGCCACCUCUACUAACUAUGGACAUCCAGAAGUUCCUAAGCAUGAACCUCCGUUAGCUCUCCUCAGCCAAGUCUUGCUUAUGAACAUCCAGCUCUCUGGAGUUAGUAAUGGAGGCAGGGAGUGGUACCCGGUGGAUCCCACUUCCGAAGUCAAUCCAUUCCAAAAUGGUUGUAUUACUUACAAUGGGGCAGUAGAGGUUGAUGUGUUUUUAGUGCUCUUUUAAAGGACUCUGCCCUAAGCAUUUUUGCUGUUUGCGUUCUUAAACGCUGGGUCAGGACCAGAAAAAAAAAUGUCCCCAUGCCAUUUUUAAAAGACCCUGGCCCACCAUAAUUAUCAGGUCUCGGACAACUGCCGACAAACACUUUAUUUACUGUACCGUAAUGUCACUGCUUUCCUCAGAGCAAUAAAGACCAGUCUGAUAAAG